AUGGAAAUAGUAAAUGAAGUCAAGAAGGAUGAGAACAGUAAUAAUGAAAAACAAGAUUCUGUAUUCUCUAAUAACCAAAUAGAGAGUUCUAAAGAAGGGAAGCAAGGUACAAAGUUGAACAACAAAUACAACCCAGAGGUCCAGGAGGUUGGAUCUGUUAGUCAGAAGAAGGAAGAGGCAAGCCCCAAUGAAGCUGUCCCUAUUUCUUCUCUCUCCAAAUUAGUAGAGGAAAACUAUAAUGAAGAUCAAGAGUGCAACUCUUCUGAUAUUGAGCCUUUAUUGCUUUUAACUAAUGGCAGCCCAAAGCCUCCUCUAUGUAAAACCCCAUCUCAUAGUAUGGUUGUGGAUAUCCUGGAAAGGAAUCUCCAGAUUCUCAGCUCGAAAGAAGGAAAAAUGAAUAAGGAGGACCUCAAUGGAGGGAUUUCAACUAGAAAUGAGGAGGUGGGUAUUAAGGAGGAAAGCAGUGAUAAUGAGUCUGAUAAUGAAAGCCCUAUCCAUAGUGAAUGCCUUGGCAAGGACAAUAGCCAUCCCAUGGAGGAUGUGGAUUACAAGGAUAAUGAGGAAAUAGAUGCGAAUUCCGAGAGAGAAAGGAACAAGGAAACUAAGAAGAAUAUGACUAAGGAAAGUUUAAGUGAGGACAAGGAAAACAACGAGUUAUUCAUGGAUAACCUCAAAAAACUUACCAAGAUUGGUAGUGGUGAAGCUACUCCGAUUGGUGGUGAUACCAAGAGGACUAGGGCGAGUGUUAAGAAAGCUGUGGCUGCUUUUGCUAAGGAUCUCCCAAAUAUUAGGGACAACAUCAAAGAACUGCAUGGGAUUAGCAACACCUUGGAUAAUGCCCUAGAAAAAAUCAAUUAG